CAUGAAUGUGUUUAAAGUUUGGUCACAAAUCUAAAGCACAGCCCGUUACAACGUGCUAAGAAGAAAAUUAACUGUGUCCCAGCUCAAACAAGUGCAGUGUGAAAGACACACAGUUGAAAGAACAACCUUUUAAAUGUUGUCAUGCCUGAGCAGUUCCUCCUCAAAGGACACAAUGUCUGAUUAUUUACAAUAGCAGAAACUUGCCUUAGGGAUGUACAGUGGAUUAUAGUGGAGAAGUUUAUGACUGGUCAGGGAAACUUGUGGUUUGUCAGUUCUAACGGCACAAAUUAAGAAUAUGGCACCAGUGUCUGGCUUCCCUGCUUGUGUUUAGAAUAGAAAUGGCCAGCUUAAACUUCUUUUAGAGCAGUAUUUUAUGAAUAGUGGGAUAAUACUGCACUCAGCUUAAUAUGCUUCUGACUUUGGAUUGUAUAAGAGAGGAACACUGGUGUUUCAAAGAGUCUUUCUGGAAAAAAGAUUAGCUUUCAAAAGAUUAGCAUCAGACAAUCUAGGUAAAGAUGGUAAAUGAUUGUUAGCCUUUGGAAUUUUUAUUUAAGUACCAGUUUGUUACUUUUGGAGAAAAAACAUAAACCAGAGGAUAGAGAAUAACUUGUUUCCAGAAAUAAGAAAUUAAUAAGGCUGUUUGUUAAUGGUGACUUUUUAGUUAGGCCCUGGAUAAACCAAGGAUUAGGCUGUUUAUUCUUUGUAUACUGUUGAAUCUAAUACUGCAUAUUAGGGACUGAAACUUUGCAGUUGCCUCCUCUCAAUUGUCCCCCAUCCUCACCCUAGCUUGGGAGAUAAUGUAGUAAGCUGAGAGUUACCAAAAAUCAAACUCAAUGUGGGCAUUGCAGAGAUACUGAAACGAGCAGCAUAGAAGGUCUUCAGCUGUCUCAGUGCAAAGAAAGCAAAUUACAAAGGAAAGCCACAAUGCAGAGAGCAUGUGAGGGAGAUUAGACCUAGGAAUGGCUCUUGAGCUAAAUUAGCACUUUGUUCCACCUUUUCUUAAGGACAGUUCUAAUUGUGGAUGGUUAAAGAAAGAUGAUGGAAAAGAAGGUUUGAAAAUAGAAGUUGUACAGCAGAGGUAAAAACAGUAUUCCAAUUAGAAGGUGAUACUGAAUAAUUUCCAUUCCAAAAAUGUAAGACAGGCAAGAUAUUAAAGAACCUAUAAUGGGUGUUUAAUAAAUAUGGCAAAAGAAAGGAUGAGCAGCUCCUUGGUUUAGGGAGGCAAAAAAAACCCCUGAUUUAAAUAUAUGGAAGCUUGUAAGUGCACUCUUGGUCACAUACAAGGUUUUAGAGUAGGUUUCAGAAGCAAUAUGGCAAAAGAAAUAAGGAGAAAUGUGAUUAAUUUGAGUGACCUGAUCUAUUGAAAGAUGUCCCUGCCCACAGCAGGGGUUGGAACUAGGUGAUCUUUAAAGGUCCUGUCCAACCCAAACCAUUCUAUGACACUGUGAUCCUAACUGGGGCAAGAGUUCUUUAGUAUGACCUUGCCAAUGAAGAAAACACAUUGUGUAACUGCACCCGGCUGAAAGACUGGCUGGAUGUGUUAAUCGGUGGCUGACGACAAGAUUAGAUGUAUCUGUGCAGUGUGAUGCAUCUGCAAAAAAUACAAUCCUAGCAUAUGUUGAGAAAGAAAAUUUCCAACAAUGGUGAGGGCUUGUCACUGUCACGUACAAAUGGACAAGGAACAGAGAUUUCUGGUCUCCUGUGCUAGAGGUUGAUUGAAACUGGGCCAAUUGCACACAAGCAGCUGGUCAAAGAAGAGUGUUUCUUAGGAAGUGGUAUUAGAACUGUCUUGUUUAAUGGAAAAGUAGGAGGUGAUGUGACUGCAGUCCAGGAGGAAGAAAGGCUCUUUACUAUUAAGGGGAAUACUGAAAGAGAACAAACUGAUGCCGAGUAGCCACUGAUACCAUUAGCUAAUUUAGUAUUAAAGCAAAUCUGUGUAAUUCGUAUCAUGUUCUAUCUGAAUAGUAAUUAGAAUUAAAAGACACUAAACCAGAAUGAAUUAUUGUUGUUAUUCUUACAUGCUGGAAAUAUAUUUUUUAAGUUAAAAUUUGCCAAGUCCUCUCUGUAGUGAAGAAACACGAAUGUAAUGUUCCUAAUUAAUCUGACUGUAUGUAUUUUCUGACUACACAUCUGUGCUGUUAAUUUCAAGGGACAAAAUUCAUGAGUCGUGUUGGGAAAACCAUGAAUUUAACUCAAAUAAUUACAUAUUUCUGUAAGAUUCUGUGUUCUGGUGUGUCUCGAGUUCUGUAUUUUGCUCUUUCUUUCUGCUUCUAGAACCUUCUGUAGUUUCAGAUAUCUCUCAUACUUACUCAUCAGAAUCUGUAUCUCCCUAUUUUAAUUAGGCCUAUGGUAUGUUACUAAAGAAAUGAUUGCCCAAGAAGCACUGAUAUAUAGUACAUUUUUCUAGUUCUCUUUAAGAAAGUAUGUGAACUGUGGCUAUAUCAACACACAGCAUUCAAUUCCAGAAGGAAAUUAAGUAGCCUUAAAAAAAAUCCCCCGAGUGCUUAGGUUUGAUUUGCUUCAGCAACCCCAUACUCAAGUUUGUAAUUUAUAAGUUAAUGGGAGGCAACUGUAUGCUUUACCCCAGAGAGGGAAAACUUGUUUUUCCUGUAGGUGUGGCUGCUGUUACUGACAUUAAAGAACAUGAAGCAUGGAAAUGAAAUGUAUCGGCAAGGUAUCGUACCAGCAGUUUUUGCCUCAGCGUUGUUCGGAAUUGAAUACCUCCUGCAAUUUAUCUUAAAAACAUUUAUGUUUUUGCCUGGUUACCAUAAACAAUCUGUAGGUUAUACCUUAGCAAAAAAUAAAUGAAGAACUGAACAGAACUUCACCCGGCUAUCUGCUUUAAAAGAUGCGGCAGCAUAAAGUGCAAGGACAAAGAAAUGUGCAUCCACAUUUAGAUACGUUCAAAAUGUUCUGUGGUGGGAAAAAAUCUUACUUUGCUGCUACCGUGUGCAUUGUUACUCUAACUUCAAUGGUCACACUUUCUUAUCUUAGGUUACAGAGACCUUCUUACCUGCCAAAAAUAAUUUAUGAAGUUAGCAAAUGUAAAGGGAAAAUUACCAAUAGCACAAUAACACCAUUAACAGAUAACAGAACUUUUAUUAUAUCUCCAUACUUUGACAACAGAGAAGACAAAGUCAUUCGUGUGAUUGGGAUUGUUCACCACGAAGAUGUAAAACAACUGUUCUGCUGGUUCUGCUGUCAGCCCGAUGGAAAGAUCUAUGUAUCGAAAGCAACAAUCGAUGUUCACUCGGACAGAUUUGGGUUCCCUUACGGAGCAGCAGAUAUAGUUUGUUUGGAACCCGAAAGCUGCGACCCAACGCAUGUAUCCAUUCACCAGUCUCCGCUUGGAAAUAUUGACCAGCUGCCAAGCUUUGAAAUCAAAAACCGCAAGGCCGAGCCCUUCCCUGUUGACUUCACCGUGUGCAUCUCUGCCAUGUUUGGCCACUACAACAAUGUCUUGCAGUUUAUACAGAGCAUGGAGAUGUACAAGAUUCUUGGGGUACAGAAAGUGGUGAUCUAUAAGAACAACUGCAGCCACCUGAUGGAGAAAGUCUUGAGGUUUUAUAUGGAAGAAGGAACUGUAGAGAUAAUUCCCUGGCCAGUAAACUCACACCUCAAAGUUUCUUCUGAAUGGCAUUUCAUGCAUGAUGGAACACACAUUGGCUACUAUGGACAAAUCACAGCUCUAAAUGACUGUAUAUACCGUAACAUGCAGAGGAGCAAGUUUGUGGUUCUUAAUGACGCUGAUGAAAUAAUUCUUCCCCUUAAGCACCCAGACUGGAAAACCAUGAUGAGCAGCCUGCAGGAGCAGAACCCAGGGACUGCCGUUUUCCUCUUUGAGAACCAUAUCUUCCCAGAAUCCGUGUCUACUCCCAUGUUCAACAUCUCAUCCUGGAAUACUGUGCCGGGUGUUAACAUAUUAAACCAUGUUCACAGAGAGCCUGACAGGAAAGAUGUAAUAAAUCCCAAGAAAAUGAUUGUUGAUCCACGAAAAGUGGUUCAGACGUCAGUCCACUCUGUCCUACAGGCUUAUGGGAACAGUGUGAAUGUUCCCAUGGAUGUUGCCCUCGUUUAUCACUGCCGGAUGCCUCUUCAAGGAAACCUUCCCAGAGAAUCCCUCAUCAGGGAUACAACACUGUGGCGAUACAACUCAUCGUUAAUCAUGAAUGUUAACAAGGUGCUAUAUCAAACUGUACUGUAAGCUCAAAAGUGAAACCUCGGUUAUAAGGAGGGAACAUGAAGAGUUGCCUGUAUCAUGUGGAGGCAGAGGAUAUCAUAAAGAUCAUUAAAUAAAAAUCACUUCCAUGUGAAGUUUAAAUCUUGCAGAGAUUUAGAAUAACAGCUUUUUAAUGUGUUUUAGAAAGGUAAAUGCAUUUGAUUUGUGAACUGAGGCAUGGUACCUUGUAAGAGUCCACAGUGAUCAAGUGCUGACUAAUAACUGAGUUCCUCAGGUAAAGUCUCUACUGCAACCUUUUAAGAUGUGUGAGCUGAGGCAUAGUGAGAGGAUAGCUCUUUUAUAUGCCUGUAACUAUGAAGGGGCAUUAUUCAAGGCCUAGGAAGUGUCCAUGCAGAAAUUUGAAAUUUAAUUUACCGAUUUCCAGCUUUCUCUCUUUUUCUGUUCCCAUCCUCAUAUGUUUUAACUUGUACAUGAACCUGUAAACUUCCUGAAGAAGGAAUGAAUUGGUUUUUGGUUAUUUGUGUCUCUGAAGGACUUGGUGGUUAACAAAAUACAGCUGUGUUUAGUGGUGCCUAUUAAAAGAUGGCUUGGGACAGCAUCUCCCAGGUGAAGAGCAUUAACACUGUAACUCAUUCUAAUCACACAGGCAGGAUAAGAAAACCCACAGGCUAUAGCACUGAAGCUGUCACUUGUUAGAGGUAUUUCUUCUUAAGGGAAGUAGGAAUUCGUAGCAGAGCCAUGAGUCAUUUAAUGAUCCCAAGCAUCAAUGCAGAUGGUAUUUCUUCUGGAAAAUGUAAAAUGAGGUUAUUUUCAAUUAAAAAAAAAUAAAAUAAAAAUCAGUAUUUCUCAACUGAUUCAUAUAAUGCAGAAGGUUGUACAGAGCUUUCAACCUAUGUACAAAAAAUACAACUAUACUAUAGUAUUAAUGUUGUUUAAUUCUUGCAGUCUGUGUGUCACUGUUUGGGUACAGAAUUUGUAUGUGCCAAAUUGAGUAAAAGGCAAACUAAUACAUUGUGAAAAUAAUUGAGCAAAAUCUACCAGUUUCCAUUGUAAGAAAAAGAACCUUUUAUAUUCUUGGAACUAGUGUUUGUUCAAGCGGUGAUGUAUUGUAACAGGAAGCUGUUGCAGUUUUGCCGAUCCAAAUGGCUGCUCAGCUGGGGCUUUGACACAUGUAAUUUUAAGAAGAAUGGUGAUCCCUUUUGUUACCCACAGCUGUUGUGAAUUACUUAAGUGAUAAGUGCUGAGUUGUGUUGGAAAGCUUUAAAACAGGCAAGGGCUACAGAUUGAUGUUGAAGGAACUGUGAACUGAAAAGCUGGCUGUGUCCAGGUGGAAAGAUGGAAGAACAAAUACUUAUGGUACGUAACAGUUGUUGGUUUUUUUCUGUGACCUUGAAAUUUCGUAACAAACUGUUUCUUCAUGAAAAUUAGAUAUCAGGUGGAUUUUAGACCUUCCUGUGAUGGGUAAGUUAAAUUGUAUUGCUUUCUUAUAUAGGUGUAAGGGUAGAGAAGCUGUGUCUUUUCCAACCCCUAUCUAAAACCAGUGCUAAGUAGUUGCUAACUUCUGCCAAAGGGUCAGAAGGAAAGAAAAGCAAACAAACCCUAUUUGCUCACUGUAGUUUCACAAUUUCAGUCAUAUUUUUUCUGUUUUCUAAAUGCUGUGUUCAUUGUACUGAUGGGGUGAUGUAUUAGAACCUUCUUAUGAAGGGACAUCUAGGGGCAGUUGUAGUCUGAUACUGGUAUGUGACAGAAGUGUGUGUGAGAGCAGCUGUGCUUGUUUUCAUUUCUACACCAGCUUCAUGUUUUCAUUCAUUUGUUUUGAGCUGUCAUUAGUGGGUUAGUAUCAUUAGCUUGCAAAUGUCCAGUGGAACUUUUAAUUGGAAGUCUUCAAAAGACAGUCUGUAACUGUUUGCUAAUUGCGUUUAUAACAAUCAUCAGCUGCUAUGUAACAGGCUACAACUUCAUUUGUAAAGCUAAAGGGGUAGAAGAGCAGUUUUGUGUGUUAUUGGAUGCUUCUCAUCAUGGUUUUUUGUUUGCAUUCUCUGGAUAAUGCUUCCCCACCCUAUACCCACUGCCACCUUCCCUUCCCACCAUUCUCUUUGGAAAGCUGAAUUCAGCUCUCAGAUCCCUUGUGCUCCGCCUUUCUGUGGCCUCUCAUGGAACUUGCUCCAGUGUGUCAGUGUUUUGUACUGGCUAACACAACACUGGACUUGGAUGUGGCUUUGAGCACAGAACAGAGGUGAAGAAUCCCUUCUCUUGAACGUCUAGCUAUGUACGUGUUAGUACAGCUCAGUAUAGUUGGCCACCUUUGUCACAAGAGCAUAUUGCUAAAUUUGUUGUGCAAUAGCAUUCCCAGGUCCUUCCCUGUAAGGCUGGUUUCUAUGUAGUUGGCUCCAACCUGCCCGUUGUGUGGGAUGACUGUGUCUCAGGUGAAGGAGUUGCUUUGGUUAAACUUCAUGAGAUGUCUGUCAGCCUACUUGUCCAGUUUGUUGAGACCCUUAGAGUUAGGAUUCCCUGUGCUCUUGCAUAUUGAUUGUUUCUCCUUCCCCUCUAAAUAAAUCAGUGUUGUUGGAAA